CUCCAGCCUCUCCGGCCCUCGUCCUUCGGCGCCGUCCAGACGCUCUCCGUCGCCGCCAUGGCCGCCCGCAACAUGGCCACCGCCGCGGGCAAGAUCAAGGUCAAGAACCCCGUCGUCGAGCUGGACGGCGACGAGAUGACGCGCAUCAUCUGGAAGAGCAUCAAGGAGCGCUUCAUCUUCCCCUACCUCGACAUCGACCUCAAGUACUACGACCUGGGCCUCGAGUACCGCGACCAGACCAACGACCAGGUCACGCUCGACGCCGCCGAGGCCAUCAAGAAGUACUCUGUCGGCGUCAAGUGCGCCACCAUCACCCCUGACGAGGCCCGUGUCAAGGAGUUUAACCUCAAGCAGAUGUGGCUCUCUCCCAACGGCACCAUCCGCAACGCCCUCGGCGGCACCGUCUUCCGCGAGCCCAUUGUCAUCCCUCGCAUCCCGCGCCUCGUCCCCGGCUGGAAGCAGCCCAUCAUCAUCGGCCGCCACGCCUUUGGCGACCAGUACCGCGCCAAGGACCGCGUGCUGCCCGGCCCGGGCAAGCUGAGCAUGGUCUUCACGCCCGAGGGCGGCAAGCCCGAGGAGAUUGAAGUCUUCCAGUUCAAGCAGGGCGGCGGCGUGGCCCAGACGCAGUACAACACGGACGAGUCCAUCACCGGCUUCGCCCACGCCUCGUUCAAGCUGGCCCUCGACAAGAAGCUGCCGCUGUACAUGAGCACCAAGAACACCAUCCUCAAGAAGUACGACGGCCGCUUCAAGGACAUUUUCCAGGAGCUCUACGACACCCAGUACAAGGCCCAGUUUGAGGCCAAGGGCAUCUGGUACGAGCACCGCCUGAUUGACGACAUGGUUGCCCAGAUGAUCAAGAGCACCGGCGGCUACAUUAUGGCUCUCAAGAACUACGACGGCGACGUCCAGUCCGACAUUGUCGCCCAGGGCUUCGGCUCCCUGGGCCUCAUGACCUCGGUCCUCAUCACCCCCGACGGCAAGACGUUCGAGUCCGAGGCCGCCCACGGCACCGUCACGCGGCACUACCGCGAGCACCAAAAGGGCCGCGAGACGAGCACCAACCCGAUCGCCUCCAUCUUUGCCUGGACGCGCGGCCUGAUCCAGCGCGGCAAGCUCGACGGCACGCCCGAGCUGGUCGAGUUUGCCGAGGCGCUGGAGAAGGCGUGCGUCGACACGGUGGACGCGGACGGCGUCAUGACCAAGGACCUCGCGCUGGCGUGCGGCAAGACUGGCAGGGCCGACUAUGUUACGACGAAUGAGUACCUGGAUGCUGUUGAGAAGAGGCUGAAGGCCACGCUGAAGCAAUAA